CAAACUCUUAUUGGGAUGAAGAGAAUUUAAAGCAUCUAAAGGUGUGAUGAAAUGGUUAAAUCUCUUCAUGCACUAAAAGUUAUAUAUAAGUGUAAAGCAUGUACAUAUUUUAUAAUAAGAACCUCUACCUUGUCUACAAGCAAUAUAGACACAAGUAAAUUCGAAACAUACUUUUUGUAAAAUCCAAAAUGUUCAUGCUUCAAUACAGUAAUAUUGUAGAAUUUGUAGCCAUCUCCAUCCUCUUCUUCUUAUACAUUCACUAUUGGAGACGCAAUAGGGGUAAAAUUGUUCCGAGUUGGCCAAUAAUUGGUAUGGUACUUACGAUUCUGCGUUAUGUGCCCGAUUUUCAUAAUUUUACGACGUUAGUUUUGAAACGUCAUGGAGGAACUUUUCAAUUUGAAGGUCCCUGGUUCACAAACACAAGUUUUACCGGUACCUCUGAUCCAAAGAACAUCGAUCACGUUACAAACAAGAAUUUUGGAAACUACGGGAAAGGAUCUAACUUCAAAGAAAUUCUUGAUGUUCUUGGAGGUAGUAUUUUAAAUUUGGAUUUCCAUGAAUGGAAACUAGAGAGAACAGUGAAUCAAUUAAUUUUCAAAAGGAAAAAUUUCCAGAACUUCUUUCACCGAUCUGUUCAGAAGAAGGUGGAGAACUACCUACUACCAUUUCUUAACGAUGUAUCCGAAGCCGGAGCUCAGGUGGACUUGCAAGAUGUCUUGAAUAGGUUCACCUUUGACAUAACCUGCACCAUUGCAUAUGGAUUUGAUCCUAAUUGUCUUCCAAACAAGUUUAGUAAGCUUAGAGAAAUUGCUUCUCUAAAAUCUCUUCCUGUGAUGGAGGAAGUAAUAUUUUACAGACACUUCAUUCCAAUUUAUUUACGGAAGCUGCAGAAAUGGCUCAAUGUUGGACAAGAGAAGAAAUUCAAGGUUGCCCAAGAAAAUAUCGACCGGUUUUUGUACGAAUGUAUGAGUACAUAUUCCAGCAGAUGCGGUGAAGAAUUUGACGUAUGUUAUUUCGACUUGGUAAAAGAACUGACGAAAGAAGGUUAUGGAAGAGGGGAAAUGAGUGAGACGUAUGUAAGAGACACAGGAUUCUCUCUUCUGAUAGCAGGAAAUGGCACAAUUAGUUCAGGUCUCAGUUGGUUUUUUUGGCUUGUGUCAAUUCAUCCCGUUGUACAAGCCAAAAUUAUUGACGAGAUCAACGAGAAUUGUCACACUCAAUAUGAGAAUUGUAUUGCUUCGAGGGAAGAGGAUCUUGACAAGCUAGUUUAUCUCCAUGCUGCAUUAUGCGAAGCAUUGAGGCUUUAUCCUCCAAUACCUUUUGAGCAUAUUUGUUCCGUCAAAUCCGAUAUACUACCUAGCGGAGACCAUGUUAGUGAAAAUACAAAGUUAAUGUACUCUAUGUAUGCUAUGGGAAGGAUGGAACAAAUAUGGGGAGAAGAUUGCAUGGAAUUUAAGCCUGAGAGAUGGAUAUCAAAUAAAGGAUACAUUAUACAUGUUCCAUCUUUCAAGUUUUUAACUUUCAAUACAGGUCCUAGAAGUUGUUUGGGUAAAGAUCUUAGCUUUGUUCAAAUGAAGAUGGUUGCAGCUACUAUAUUAUGGAAGUUUCAAAUUAAGGUAGUGGAAGGUCACCCUGUAAUGCCAAGAAUUUCUAUUAUUCUUCGUAUGAAACAUGGCUUGAAGGUUGAGGUCACUAAAAGAUGCAUUUGACAGAGGUUACUAAAUACAUUGUUGUUAUGUGUGUCUUGGCUAAAUAUUGUUAUGGUUUGGUUGUAUUAAUAAUGUCUAUGGUAUUUUCAAUUAUCCACAGACUAUGCCUCUUUGUGUGUCUUUGUUGAAGUAUUGUUAUAUUUAGAGCAUCUCCAAGUAAUUCAAAGAGAUGUAAACUCUAUUACAGUACACAGACAAGUGUUUUUACCUUUCUAAGAAAUAAUAUGUUUUAAGAUAACA